AUGGCGGAAACAUCGGAACCGGCCCCCGUCCACUGUUACACAAAUCCCUCGUUCUGCCGCCAGUCGGAGUACAUACCGGAGGAUCAGGCCGGUGGUGACCUGCCACCACCUCCUCAAUUCCAAUGUGGUGGCGACGAUCUACCACCGCCGCCUCCGCCGUUGCAGUUGCAAUGCAACGGCGGCCAGACGAAUCCCGCGUUUCAAGAAAUGGGCGAGAACAGAGUGGCGGAGAAGUGCGGGGAGGCGGGUGGAGGCAGAUAUCGUUGUUACCUGGAUGGUAACAACGUUAACAACUCGGCGCACCGAAGGUAUGGAAGCGUUCCGUUCGAGGAACACCGCUCUACGUACAAUCAAGGUUCAAGGUACGAGUACAUAGAGGACGAGGAGAGGAGUCACGUGCAGAGAAGGGGUUCCCUGAGGUACGAGUUCAUUCCGCGCCAGCAGGUGCAGCAACGUUCCGCACCGGCGGCCAACCAAGACGACGGCCAGAUGCCCAGUUGCCGGAACAACGGCGGAAGAUACGCCGUUGUACCGGGUGAUCAGGAUUACCAGGACGAAGAAGCACCGUGGAACACGGUGAAACGCGUACCUUCGGCGCGGAGGCACAUCAACACGCCGCAAGGCCGCUAUAGCAGGGUGCCCUUGCAAGAGGAGGAACCGCCGGCUUUACCGGAGCGAAACGGCCAGGAACUGUCCACCUCGCCCAAGAAUAACUUGGCUACGCAAAAAUUGCACGAGAUAUUAGCCACACCCAGGAAGCCACCUCGAUCCAGAUCCGAGGAGAGGACCUUAUCUCCAAAGAGGCAACACUCGUUCAAUCAAACCGGUACGCCACAAAGAAGAGCGCUCACUCCAGGUGGUUCCCCGACCGGUCGAACGUUCAGCCCUACCCGUUCCACGCCACAUGGAACUCCACAAAAUCGUACGUUCACCGGCGGGCUUCACACUUCCACCCCGAACAAAGAGCCAUCGGCACGAAGAUGCCUACCAUUAUUGGAAAACCCGUCCCGCCAACAGGAUGUUUGCCCAGCCAGCAAUUGUGGAAGGCUACGUUACAUUGGAACAACUCCGGUCGACCUUGUAACGAUGGGUCAUGGUGACCCACCGCCUCGUUACGCAUACAUGGAAAAUGGACUAGAAUCUAUGCCGAUGGUGUCCGGUUCACCGAGGUAUCAAGUAAUACCUGCUGGACAGAAAAGGAACGGGUAUCAAAGCGUGGAAAGUGCCUUCAUCGCUAGAACCGCAGUUGUUCCGCCGCUGUCACCGCCGAACAGCGACGCCAACACGACCUUGGCUAGCGGUCUGGAGAAGAACGACAGAAGAAACGCGCCGUUCUUGUUGGUCCUGGUUGGAAUUCUAACCUGCGGUUUGGCACUGUACUUGUCAUGGACGCAAGGAAGAAGGUCGAAAUUCGUUUCUAGGUAUUAUUACGACAGUGCGGCUGGUUGUGGCGCCUGUUGCGCUUUGGCAGGCGCUUGCAGAACGUUGAGAAAGACUUGGACAGGACUUGGACUCGCAGGAUUAUCGGCACUCAGUUGCGCAGGGCUUUUGUUGCUCGCCGCCAAAUCUCCCAAACCUGGCACUCCUCUCCACGAUGUCACGGCCGGCGCUUUGUGCGGAGUUUCUUUACUCGGUGCCGUUCUGGCUCUGCUCGCGCUUCUGUCACCAAGGUGCAAUUUAGGCCGACACAGAAGGGUGCAUUCUUGGAUACCUCGUCUUUCACCUUGAUUUCGUCACAUUCUAGAUGUGCCUUCUUUAAAAAUAAUUCCAGCCAAAAA